AUGGCCGAAAAUUGUAAUUAUAAUUGCAUUAAGAUGUCGAUGAACUUGAGAACCGAUCUCCCUUACCCGGAAGAGUUAGGAGAGCAAUAUCUUCCAGUUAUCAUGGAGGGUUUAAGAAAGCCAAACGAGCCAAUUGAUAUUUCUCAGGCCCUGGCCUUUUUCGAAUCAAAAACUCAACAGGAUGAUUCUGAAGGAAAGCAUUGGGUCCUUCUUGGCCACUGUUAUUUUAUAAAACAAGAUUUGGAUAGGUGUUAUGCGACAUAUCAAAAAGCCCUUCACACUUUUAAAGAAGACAUAAAUCCUCAGCUUUGGUAUGGGAUUGGCCUCCUUUAUUGAAAGUUUGGAAAUAUAAAAUAUGCCGAGAUAGCAUUUUUGGCAACCCUUCGAAUUUCACCAGAUUUCGAAGAAAAAGGAAUUAUUUACAGUAAUUUAGGAUCCAUCUAUAAAGCUCAAGGAAACUAUGAAAACGCAGAGCAUUACUAUCAGAAAGCUUAUGGGUGCAAUACUUCUGAUAAUCAGCUAAAAUCCCAGCUUCUUUGCCAUCUUGGGCAAUGCUUACUAUUGCGCUAAAAUAUUUUAUGUCGCUUAAAAUCAGUCAAUUUUUUUUAAAAAAGGUAUGUUAUUCUCUUGAUGAUGAGUUAGAACUUCAAAAUAAAGCCCAAGAAGCAGUAAAAGUUUACAGAGAGUCAAUUCGUGCUUGGAGAAAUCAAGAAGCAUUGAACUAUUUAAUCAACUUACAUACAAAAUUAAAUGACUCAGAAAAUGUAAUUAGCAAUUCGAAGCAGCUUAUCAGCGAAAAGCCUGAUAAUACGAUUUCAAGUGGUAUUAUUCAACCCAUUCCGCAAGGCUACAAUCCGUAUAUUAUAUCGCAAUAUAUAUAUGCUUUAUAUCGUAUCUUCACACGACGACUAUUUCAUAACGACUAUUUUUUUUGGCCUAUUUUUUUUUGGCCUAUUUUUUUUUUGGCCUAUUUUUGUUUUCACCUAUUUUUUUUUGGCCUAGUUUUUUUGGCCUAUUUUUUUUGACCUAUUUUUUUUUGGCCUAUUUUUUUUUUGGCCUAUUUUUUUUUUGGCCUAUUUUUUUUGGCCUAUUUUUUUUAGCCUAUUUUUUUUUGGCCUAUUUUUUUUUGCCUAUUUUUUUUUUUUGCCUAUUUGUUUUUGGCCUAUUAUUUUUUGGCCUAUUUUUUUUUGCCUAUUUUUUUGGCCUUUUUUUGACAAUUUUUUAGCUAUUUUUUACUAAUAUUUGGGCAUAAUUCCAUACGAAUUGUUGUUUUAAUCUAAUUUUAAUAAUGUGUUUUUAAACGAUUUAACCAACAAAAAAUGCACCCUUAACAGAUUUCUUACUCCAUGAAUACUAAUUCAUUGCUUUUAAAAUUUUUCGAGAAUUUUAGGUUUAAUUAGGAGUUUUUUAACUUAAUUUACUCAAUAUUAAUCGCAUAAGGAAAGGUCUCUGUUUCUCUCAAUAAGGUUGUAGUCUUCUCAGCAGCUUCAUGAAUGAGGCUAGGCAAAAAAAAUAGGCCCAAAAAAAAUAGGCCAAAAAACAUAGGCCAAAAAAAAAUAGGCCAAAAAAAAAUAGGCCAAAAAAAAAAUAGUCGUUAUGAAAUAGUCGUCGUGUGAAGGAACCGCUUUAUAUUGCCUUCAAGAUCCAAAAAUAGAUUAA